AUGGUUUCCAAUCUGACCUCAGUGUUUCGUAGUAGAAAUCAAAAUCAAAAUAAAAAAGCGUCAAAGGACAAAACAGGAACAACAGUUGUUUCGACGAGCAGCGAAGACCAACCACAACCAACUCCAGCCAUGGUUCUCGUGCCAACUGUCACUAUCCAGGAAGCUCCAAAAGAAGUGGAAAUCGUAGUUGCCGAGCAACCUGAACUGAUUCCAUCUGGAUCCAUCAUAGUCCAAGAAGUGGAAAUUUUGACUCCAAAUGAAGAUGAAGUGAAACCAGAUGAUCCAGAACAGAAAUCCCAAGAUGAAUGUGCCAUGUGCCAGAAAGUCGGAAACUAUGUGAGAUCGAGUUAUGAGGCUGGGAAAGCUAGAUUCCAACAAUUGGUUAACCGUCUUUUGGAUCCAUCUCUUCAUGUUACGAUUCGCUCGGAAAUAUCAUACUUUUCCGGACCAUUCUCCCCUCUCUUUGAUGCUCUCUGUAAACCAGAACCAUUUCUCCUUUCUGAGGAGCUACCAAAAGUGAUGUGUGAAGUUGUAGAUGAAAUAUUUUCAACUCUAUCGGAAUUUUUCCGUACCAUAGGAAGAGGUUUUUCUGUUUUCGCAACAUUGUUCACCGCUAUUUGGCAUGGAUUGUCGGAGAAUGUCUUCUACGGAUUCCAUGAGCUCGGAGAGAAUCUCGGUGAAAAUAUCGGUCAUCUCAUCCACUUCGUCGUUCAAUUCUUCCAUCAAAUAAUUCAUUUGUUCCUCUCAUCUAUUGCUACCGUAGCCGGAGCAAUCGCUGGAGUUUUUACCUCCCUGCAUGACUAUCUUGAACCAACACGUGCAGAAGAUGUGUGGUAA